UUACACAGCAUUUCCGUAGUGGGGAGUGGACAGAGAUUCAUGAGGCAUAGAGGGAAAGGAAGUGAAAAUUGAUGACAAAUUGUUGUGUAGGUUCCAUUUCCUUUGAAAGAAAGAGAUUUCGUGGCGUUUGAAGUUGAUCAUAAACGCAAAUGCGCUUCUCCUACGUUAGAAAUCUAAGCACUCGCUCACGUUCUGUGUCCAAAUUCAAUGAGAAUUUUACGCUCUCAAACCUCAACCUCAAGCCACCUUCUGAUUCAGAUGAUUCGUCUAUGGUGGUGUUUAAGCAGAUUUCUUCUAUUUUCUACGGUGGUAACUCAGUUAGGAAAUCUGAUUCUGAGGAAAUUGAUGGUGGUGCACAGGAGUUUGAAAGAAUGCCAAAUCCAUCGUGGUUGUCGGGCAUAUCUCAAAGCAAUGUAUUAAUCCAAUGGAAAGAGCAAUCUCGUAAAAAGAAGCAAAAACUUGUAUUUGAAUUAGUGCAAGAAAAGCGUUUUCAGAAGUUAAUUGAAAUCUGUGCAAAGAUACUAGGACCAGAGCCUACCCUUGAGUUGUUUGGUAAAGUGGGACGGGAACCAGGUAUCAAAGGAUAUAGUGCAUUGGUAGAAAUGUGCAUAGAUAAGGCCAAAGGUACUGAUGACGAAGACAUUGCAAUAGAAGCAAUGGGGAAGGUUUUUCACCUAUUUAAAUCAAUGAGUGAACAAGGUUUAGAACUUGAAGAGCAAACAUAUCGCCCACUUCUUUUGUACAUUAUUGACAUGUGUAUGGUUGAAGAGUUUCAAUUUUUCUGCGAUGUUAUAGAAAAUGAGAAUCCUAGUUCAGUUACAAGACUGGGUUACUAUGAAAUGAUGCUAUGGUUAAGAGUUAAUAAUGAAGAAAAGAUUCAGGGUCUUUGUAACUACAUUGUAGAGAACAAUGGUGAGGAUAUGUCUGAUUUACGAGAAAGUUAUUUAUUGGCUCUUUGUGAGAGUGAAAGGAAGGAGGAGAUCUUGAAGCUGUUGGAGAUCAUAGACAUAAAAAAAUUCUCAUCUGCUGAAUCUGUAGCAAAGAUAUUUCAGGCUUUAGGAAGAUUAUUAUUGGAACCUGUUGCAGAGAAGUUCCUUUUGAACUUCAAAACAACUGGUGAUUUUGCAGAUAACAUUACAAACUUCAUUGCUAAUUAUGCUGUUAGCAUUCCAAAUUUUUUGGUUGAGGAUGUCAUAAAAAAAUUCAAGGAUUUGCAUAAAAGACUAGAAGUUUCACCUUCAUCCUCAUCAUACGAGAAGCUCAUUUUACAUAGUUGUGCAUUGCUCAAGGUGCAUGUGGCACUUGAUAUUGUUGAUGAAAUGUGUGAAGCAGGCAUGACUUUAUCGACUGAGGUGUUACACUCAAUAUUACAAAUUUGUGACAAGACAUCAGAAUAUAAUUUGGUCCAUCGGAUUCUUUCUAUCAUACGUCGUUACAAUUUGGAAUCAAAUGAUGAAACAUUCAGAUCUAUGAUAGACUUGUUCUUGAAGAUGAAAGAUCUUGAAGGUGCAUAUAAGAUGCUUGAUGAUUUGAAGGAAAUGAAUUCAAAGCCAACAGCAGGCAUGUACAAUGCAGUAAUGGCAGAAUGUUUUCGAGAGAAAAACAUUAGUGAUGGGGUGAGGGUCCUUGAGUACAUGCAGUGUGCUGAUAUAAAGCCUGAUACACAGACUUUCAGCUACCUGAUUAACAACUCUGAAACUGAAGAGGAUAUAGAGAAGUAUUACGAAGAACUGAAGCAAUCUGGACAAAUAGCUACAAAGCAAAUUUUCACGACACUUAUAAAUGCUUAUGCUGCUUGUGGACUGCUGGAGAAAGCAAAAAAGGUAAUCUUAGAUCCAUUGAUACCACUGAAGAGCUUGAACCAAAUCAAGAGUGUUCUUGUCUCAGUACUAGCAUCACAUGGGCAAUUGUCUGAGGCUCUUCUUAUAUACGAGGAAAUGAAGCAAGUUGGACACAAGAUGGAGCCAAAAGAUGUUCUGAGUCUCAUUGAGCACACUCGUUCAGAUGGAGAUUUGAAAAGGUUGCUUCUGCUACUUGAGGAAUUGAAUGAUUCAGACUGUUGGAAUAAUGCUUGCUGCAGAAUCAUCUUGUAUUGCGUUUGGAAUAAGCAUUUAAGUUCUGCUGUUGACUUGUGUAAUCUUCUCAAGGAAAAGUUCCAAAAUGAUGAAUUGGUUAUGGAAGUUCUCUUUGAUAAGGUUUUUUCUCUAAUUGAAGAGUCAGAGUCCAAUCAUUUGCACACCUGCCUCGAGUUACUUUCAGAAAUCAAGGAUAAACUUGGCCUUUUACCUUCACAGAAAUGUCACGAUUCUCUUCUAAGUGGAUUUACCAAUGCCACUGAUUUACACAAUGCUGGAUGAGACUCCUUAGCAAGAGGGUGUAUGUGUAGUGCUUAUAAUCAAGUUUACAACUAAUAGGGGGCUGGUGUACAUAGAAUUC